AUGAAGCCAAAAGAAAAGCUCAGAUCCAAAAAGGGUCAUAGCAAAAAGCAGAGAAAGGACAACUUUAAGUCAUCUGUUGUUAAGCCAAAGGCGGUGAUAAAAAGACCCACUGGAAAGCUAGUCAGUGCCUCAAGUUUAAAGUGGAAGCCAGUUGAAAUUCCAGAGACUUUAGAUGAUUUUCAAGGUCUUUUUGGGGUCGAGGAGAUUGAUGGCGUUGGAGUUGUUAUCAAAAACGGUGAGAUUAAGUUUGAGGUGAAAGAGGAUCACGAGAAUGAGACAGUCAAAGAUACAGAUCAAAUGAGUGACGACGAUGAGGUAUUUCAAGAUGCUGAAUCUUUAGAUGGAAGGGAAGAUGACCAGAAUGAGCCCGAAAAUUUUGAGUUGGACAGUGUUUCAACUGAAAAAGUACCAGAGUCAACACCAGGUGUGAAAUCUAACAAAAAAGUCAAGCGAAAGGACGUGAAGGAAGUCAAGAAGGAUGAAGACCAGGAAGAUUUGGAAGAUGCUGGAAGCGAGCAAGUACCUAUGGAAGAGGAUGGCCACUUCAAAUUUUCUCAGAUGAAAAUGCCAGAAGAUGUUGACCUUCCGCUUUGGCCAGAAGGACUCUCUCCUUUUGUUCGCCAGUCAUUAAGUAUCCUAGGAUUCAACGAACCAACUCCCAUUCAAAACGAAGCUAUUCCCCUUGCUAUAUCUGGAAAAGACAUCAUUGGUAAGGCUAUCACUGGUUCCGGUAAAACCCUUGCUUACGGAAUUCCACUAAUUGAAAAAUAUUUGACCCGGGAAUCAAGAUCCAAGCAGGCUCCCCCUGCGGGAAUAGUAUUUGCACCUACCAGAGAGCUGGCACAUCAAGUGGUUAAACAUCUCAAAGAAAUUGCUAAAGACUCUCCAUUGACCGAACACGGUGUCAUAUCAGUAACUGGUGGUCUAAGUAUUCAAAGACAGCAAAGACUCUUAGAUUAUGGACCAGGGAUUAUUGUGGCUACACCGGGACGAUUUCUAGAACUUUUAGAGUCCAGCAACGAACUUGCCACUAGAUUGGCUUCUGUUGAAGUUCUAGUACUUGACGAAGCCGAUAGACUUCUUCAAGACGGGCAUUUUGACGAAUUGGAGAAAAUUCUGUCAUCUUUGAAGAAGAUGAGACCUCAUAACAUCCAAAGAUGGCAAACAUUGGUCUUCUCUGCUACGUUCUCCAAAGAGCUCUUUGGUAAACUGGGCUCAAAAUAUAGAUGGAAUGAGGAUCAAGGAUUAGCAGAGGAUGAACAAAUUAUUGAGCUACUGGGCAAACGACUGAGAUUUAGACAAAAACCUACAUUGGUAGAUACAAAUCCCACUGAAGUUGUCACCAAUCAAGUUAGAGAAGCUUUGAUUGAAUGUGGUGCUACUGAGAGAGAUCUCCAUCUUUAUUAUUUUAUGAUGAUGUAUCCCGGGACCACUUUGGUGUUUGCUAACAGUAUUGAUGCUGUAAGAAGACUAGUACCUUUUUUGCAAAACUUAGGAAUCCCUGCAUUUGGACUACAUUCGUCAAUGAUUCAGAAACAAAGAUUGAGAGCUAUAGAACGAUUCACACAGGCCAGUAAGAGUAACAAGCAUGCAGUUCUUAUUGCUACAGACGUGGCAGCAAGAGGAUUGGACAUUUCAGGAAUACAGCACGUUGUUCAUUACCAUCUUCCUCGUACUGCUGAUACCUACGUUCAUAGAACUGGAAGAACUGGGAGAGCUGGAAAAGAGGGUGUUGCUGUGAUCUUAUGUUCUCCAAAGGAGGCAAGUGGGCCACUGAGAAGACUUAAGAGAGCUUUGGCUAAGACCGCUCAUAAAAAACACACAGAAGAAAUUCAAUUGCUUCCUAUUGACCAAGCUAUUAUGUCACAGCUGAAUCCAAGAGUUCAAUUGGCAGCACAAUUGGCCGACGCUACGGUAACCAGUGAUGGAGCCAGGAAAGAAAAAGAUUGGGUAAGAUUGGCUGCAGAAGAACUGGGAGUUGAUGAUCUUGAUAAUCUACAGGAGGAUGACUAUCUUAAGAGAGACAGGAAAAGAAGGGAAGGAAAGACUUUGAGUCAAAAGGAAAUGAACGAAAAAAGAUACAAGCUGGAACAGCUUUUGCAAACGACUAUUAGAAAGGAUUCUAGAAGAAGCUAUUUAACUGGAGGCAGUUACAACCUAGCAGAUGUUCUUUUAAAAGGCAAAGGUCAUCAGGAAAUUGUGGGACAGGAAAAAGUUGAUGUCUUAACUUUUUUGAAAAAGAAGGCUGAGAAUAAGAAAAAAUCUAGCAAGGCAUAA